AGAGAAAGAAAAGAGAGUACAUUGGUCUUUAUAUAGUGUACUGUAUUGAGGUUUUUAAAUCGCCGAUUGCAUGUGGGUCACGAGUUGCAUUCGUUCCAGCUAAUGAGAUAGAAGGUUCGCCGAGCUAAGAGGAAGAAAAUGUGGAGCUCGGUUACCGCAGCUGGCACUGAAAAUGGACCAGCACCACCUUCGAGGAGCAAGCAUAGUGCCACCUUACUUGCCGGUCACGUAUAUCUUCUCGGGGGUCGAAAUGGAAACCUACCUCUUAAAGACCUCUGGCGAUACAGCCUUGCGGAAAGCAAGUGGGAGGAAUUGCAUCCGGGCGGCGAAAGACCGCCGGCUCUUCAGGAACAUAGCGCGGUGGCGUAUAAGGAUUGCCUCUACGUUUUCGGCGGCGAAUUGGGUUUCUCUGCGGGAACGGAGACACCACUCUGGGUUUAUAACGUCAAGACAAAUAUAUGGAGAAAGGUGAGAGCUCAACGGGGUUGCGUGAUUCCUAGAGGUCGAAGAGGCCACACCGCUUUGGUACAUCGCGGACAAAUGCUCAUAUACGGCGGUUAUCAAGACUUACGUGGAAGCUCCUCAGAACUCUGGUCUUUCCAUUUCGAAACUGAAUCUUGGCAUCUACUUUCGUCGAGCGAAAGCGGGCCAGCUGCAAGACAUAAGCAUUCAGCGGUUUUGCACGGUGAUGCGAUGUACAUUUAUGGUGGAAUGACGGAUCUUCAAGAAAGGAACGAUUGCUGGCGGUGGGACGUCAACAGCGCUUCGUGGUCCAUGCUGAAGAACAAACCAGGUCCCGGACCUCUUCAUGGCCACGCAGCGUGUAGAUUGCCAAGUUGCAUGUUGAUCUUUGGCGGUGAGAGCAGUGGUUUGGCGACAAACGAGCUAUGGAGAUUUCAUUUCGGUACAGAAACCUGGGAGAAGCUGUCAGUACCAGGACCGAAACCGCAGCCAAGAGCUGAAAGCGUUGCUCUCGCAGUAUCCGAAUUGCUGAUUCGCGGAACAGGUAUAGACAAUUCAAAACCGAGGCUAAGAAACCAAAGGCCUAGGCUAUCGAGCAAUAGAAUAUCACCAAACGAGGCACCCUCUGCCAGACCCAGCUUUCUCAGGGAAAUUUCAAAAUUAUCGCAAAUAAAUCUGUCGAGGCUCAGUCAUCCGACGAAGUGCAGUUAUUCAGUUCUCAGUGGACAUGACGAUAAUGAAGAAAGCCCUCAAGAGCAAGUGGAUAUCGAAGUGGUCGAGCCCUCCACGGGAAUGGUUAAAUCUCGUAGCGCCAACACGCUGGCCCGCCGAAGACAAAAAGCGUCGGAAGGAACGGCGAGGACGGUUGAUGUUAACAAUAUUAACAAUACUUCUGGUAUGACCAGAGAUCCUAUUUCGGUGCCAAACUUUCGUGCUUUGACGUUACCAACUCCUGUUCUCACGCCUGUAGAGGCUGCUAGAUUGGUUUUUGUUGAUCCAGAUGAAAAUAGUGACAAUGAUGAGCGCAAGGAACCGCCCACGUCGAGACUGAUUGAAGUUCAAGAAGAAAGACGAGAUUUCGCAGCGAUUCAUCAAGCUUAUCAGCCCACUCGCGGUGAAAGUUACAGCUCACAUCUUUACGAAGCCGCUCUGCAAACGCCAAAAACUCCGACGACGACGAAAAUUCCUACGUCCGCCUCCGUUCGAUUCGCCGAUCUUGAAGAAGGCGAAGAAUCGACAUCAGAUUACGCGAGUAUCGAGGCAAGAAGUCCGGGUGAUCCGCUCGCGGAAGAUGACUGGGUGUCUGGAAGGAGAUCAAAGCCACACAGGCCGAUUGUCACUUCGUCGACGAUACGAGAGGGCCAAUUCGGUUUCUGUAAUCCGAACUACCUUGGUCUGGACGAAACAAAAUCUGGCCAUCACCAUCACCACCACCAUCAUCAUCAUCAUCAAUAUCAUCAACAGCAGCAGCAACAACAACAACAACAGCAACAACAACAACAGGACGGAAAGUAUGCCAAGUUGCUCAACAGUCCUCCCGAUAGUGUAUUAGAGGAUGAACCUGGAAGAUCAGCUUCGCAGACAUUUGCGGAGCUCUUCGAGCUUCAAGAGAUUAGGAGGGUGCCCCGAGCGCCACCGAAGAGCCUGCCAUUGGAAAGCCUUGGAUCGGGAAUAAAAUCGAAAGUCGCGUCGAACCUCGUUCCACAGGGCGAAGUCUCGAUCCAAGCGUUCCUGCCCUAUGUGUAUUUUCAUCAAACGCCUGUUGUAAUGGAAUCGAAGACGGAGAUCGUAUUCUCCGGUUCCUCGUCGAUUAUUAGCGCCACUGAUCGACCUAAGUUAGAAUACGGCCGAGGACAGACAUUCAUUGAAACAACAUCGUCAAUCCCAUCUUCAAUGCCUGGUACAACACAAAUAACGAAUACGCUGACAUCUCAAGAUAUAUUAACACAGUACAAUGUGAAUCGUACGAAGCAGGAGUACAAUUUUUACAACCAAGUCUAUGAUUACACAACUCCGAACAAUUAUCACUUUCAAUCAAACAAUAAUACAACUUCUAUCAUCUUUCCCAAUUCAACUCGUCAGGAAGACACUAAAUACGGACAACCUUCGUACACUUUGCCAAAUACAUCGAUCUACCAAUACCAGAGCGCUGCUUAUAAAGAAAGUCGUGAAUAUUUAAUGUCGCACAACAAUACACAUACAGCCAUGCUAACGCCUGAGAUAAUGACCGACACAUCAUUAACAAAGCAAAGAUAUCAUUGUCAUCAGUUUGCAACAGUUGAUCCAAUCCACCAAUGUUAUCGUUCAUCAAAUCCUAUUCUGUCAAAAAAAUUUUCGGAAAAAGCGACCAAUUCUCCUGAAUAUAUAUUAGAACAUAAUUUUUAUCAUUCAAUGGGAUCUUCGGAAUUUCAACUUCCAGGCUUCGUACACAAACCAAAUAAAAUCAACAGGAAGAAAUGCGAGUGUCCUAAUUGCAUUAUGAAAGGGGAUGAUGUCCCACUUGGUAAGAACGGCAAAAGGCAACACAUAUGUCAUGUGUCAGGAUGUGGAAAAGUAUAUGGCAAAUCGUCACAUCUCAAGGCGCAUGUUAGAACGCACAACGGCGAACGACCGUAUUCCUGUUAUUGGCCUUCCUGUGAUAAAAGAUUCACUCGAAGUGAUGAGUUGCAACGUCACUAUCGCACGCAUACCGGCGAAAAGAAGUACCUUUGCCUCAAGUGCCAUAAAAAGUUUAUGAGAAGUGACCAUCUCAAGAAGCAUGGUGUCAGCGUGAUUGCAUUCAGCACUGCAACAAUGAGCUUCGACUUGUCACUGGUAGAUGGAGGCAUGGUGAAUGGAAGAAGUCGACGUAGCGCUAUUAAAGGGGCGGCGCGCCACACAACCCUCCUGACCCCUCAGCCGAUAGAGGAUUCAUGGCUGGCACCAAGAGGAAGAGGUACAUGCAGGCGGACAGAGGCAGAGGUAGAGAUAGAGGCAAAGAGGUAG